AUGGCCGAUGACUUGGGGUACGGGGACGUCGGAUGUUACGGACAGCAGAUCGUUCAAACACCGGUGAUGGACCGCUUGGCCGCCGAGGGGCUGCGCUGCACAUCGUGCUAUGCAGGAAGUACCGUCUGCGCCCCUUCACGCUGCGUGUUGAUGACGGCGAUGCAUACCGGGCACGCACGAGUGCGAGGGAACAACCUGAUUCCGCUGGAGGCCGAGGAUGUCACAGUGGCUGAAGUUCUGAAGUCGGCCGGCUACACCACCGGCAUCUUCGGCAAGUGGGGCCUGGGCGAACCGGACACACCAGGCAUUCCCACUCGGCAGGGCUUCGAUCAGUGGUUUGGCUAUCUGAACCAGCGCCACGCCCACAACUACUAUCCCGAGUACCUGUGGCGAAAUACCCAGAAGGUGAUGCUAGAAGGAAAUCUAAAUGGCAAGCGGACGCAAUACAGCGCCGACCUAAUCAUGGACGAGGCCCUCGCCUUCAUUAAGGACACCGACGAGCCGUUCUUCUUAUACCUGGCCGUGACGCUGCCGCAUGCCAACAACGAACGGGGGCGCGAGACCGGCAACGGGAUGGAGAUUCCCAGCGACGAACCGUACAGCGAUCGCGAGUGGCCGCAGCAGCAAAAGAACCACGCUGCGAUGAUUACCCGAUUCGAUUCCGAUGUCGGACGCGUGAUGCAAGCGCUGGCCGACAAAGGCAUCGACGAUGACACCAUCGUUUUCGUCACCAGCGAUAACGGACCGCACCGCGAAGGCGGAGCCGAUCCCGAGUUCUUCAAUAGCUCCGGACCGCUGCGAGGGAUCAAGCGCGACUUGACCGAUGGAGGGAUCCGUGUGCCGAUGAUCGUGCGCUGGCCGGGUAAGAUCGAAGCCGACACGAUUAGCCACGAAGCGUGGUCGUUCCAAGAUUUUCUUCCCACGGCCGCUGAGCUUGCUUCAACCGCAUCGCCCGAGGGGAUCGAUGGUGUGUCGAUGGUUCCCACACUGCUCGGUUCACAAAUUGCUGGUCAUGAGCAGGCCGAACAUGAAUAUCUGUACUGGGAAUUCCAUGAACGCGGUUUCAAGCAAGCUGUGCGGAUGGGCCCCUGGAAGGGAAUUCGCAACAAGCCGGGCCGGCCGAUCGAACUCUAUCACGUGGUGACCGACAUGGCGGAAGAGAACGAUGUGGCCAAGGAGCACCCAGAACUGGUGACUGAGAUCGAGACGAUCUUUGAAACGGUACCGAUGAACGGCCAAAUGCCUCCGGGAUAUCGUCAGAUUCAAGUGAUGGGCUGCCUCGCCACGGCCCUCGUGUUCGCUUUCUUAUGUGUGUUGCCGUGGCUGUUUGUCGAAACGAUGCAGUUGGCCCUCUCCCGGCUUCAUCUUUCCACCACGGUCGCCACGCUCUCGGUCAUUGCGAUUCUGUUCGGCAGCUUCUUCAACUUUCCGGUGCACACCAUCGAACGGGAAGAAGAACAGGUGAUCGAUAUGGCGCCCAUGUGGGGCGGUUCGGCAUGGGGGCCCGCGGUGGCUCAGCGAACCAGAGCUACGUACAUCGCGGUGAACGUCGGAGGCUGCAUCGUGCCGUCCCUGAUUGCCCUAUGGCAGUUGCGAUUUCUCUUCGAUACCGGUGGGUGGCCACUCACCGCGGUGGGGAUUGUCACGGUAUCGAACAUUGUUAUCUGUUAUCUGGUCGCCCGACCGGUGCGAGGGAUUGGCAUCGGUCUGCCGUGGUUCACCUCGCCGGCGGUUGCCGUAGGACUGACGUGGUUGCUGCUGGGAUUUGGCGACGACACCGAGGUUCGCGCCCCGGUGGCAUUUGUCGCGGGAGUGGCCGGGCCGUUGAUUGGAGCCGACCUGCUGCAUUUGAAGGACAUCACCCGCGUUUCCGCCCGCAUGCUUUCGAUUGGCGGGGCCGGCACGUUCGACGGCAUCGUGCUCUCAGGCAUUCUGGCAGCGCUGUUGGCGUAA